CGCUGUGCUCGUGGGCAGGGGGCUGACAGCGCAGAAGCGACUGCGCGUGCGCGAAGCUGCCCAGGCAUCGAUUGGCUGACGAUGACAUCACCCAGCCAAGCUCUAUUGUGGGAACGAUGAGCUCAUCGUUUAGAAGGCAGUUGGUGAUCGCAGAGUGAGGACAGAGGACUGUCAGCACACCUGGGACAGAGACUGGGAUACACACUGGGACAGACCCUGGGACAGAGACUGGGACAGACCCUGGGACAAAGACUGGGAUUGCUCUGGGCUUCUGCUGCAACAACAGGACUGUCCGUCCAUUUCCACAGGGACACUAACAGUGUCCCCUGUUGUCCUGCAGGUAUGGUCUGGUCCCGGCAGAGCGAGGCGGAGCGGCCCGCGCUGUCCGCCAUCCUCCCGCGGCUCUACCUGGGAGCGGAGAGCGACGUCACGCAGGUUUGUGAAGGAGCGUCGGCCCUCCAUUUCCCCAAACUUCAACUUCCUGGGUCAGCUGCAGCUCUUCCAGGGGACUCUGUGCCAGAAGGCCUCGGGGGGGGACGUCCACACCUGGCAGCUGGACGACCGUCUGCCAUCCAUCAACAACAUGAGUCCUCCGGCUGAGAACUGGCAUGAUGACACAGAGCGGAGAAGACAGAGACACUCGGAGACAGAUGCAGGGGGACAGCAGCCGGCGUCUCUGUCGGGGGAGCUUCAGACUCUUCAAAUCCAGACCGCUUGUGAGCUUCCAGCUCCAAGCCCCUGUGAGCCAGUCCGACCAUUAGCAAAGCCCACACAACUCCAACUCCCAGCAGGCUCUGCUUCUCUAUCAGAGAAACGCAAAAGCCUCACCCUGUCUUUGACCCCGUUGGGAAUGCACCCCCCCUCCCCAGCGAGCAGCAGCCAGCAACCAAGGAGCACCAACACGUCUCAGAGUGUCCACCAGGGGGAGACGGGACAAAAGGCUGAAGCAAAGACCCGGGUGGACAAUGUCCACCGCAGGCAGGCCGAGGACAGCCGCAGGAAACAUGGGGACAGUGUCCCCCCCAAGCAGUUUGAGGACAGUCUCCGGGAGCAGAGUCCCUACCACGGCCUGGGGAAGGACCAGGGCCUGCUGUCUCCAUUCAGCUUCACCCUCAGCAAGCUGCUGGACUGGGGGGAGAGGGUGCUGCUGGGGGGCCUGUUUGUCCACCCUGUUAGGAUGGGACAGCCAGCACUGCCCAACAGGUGCUGAGGAGGCCCGGCUGGUGUGUGUGUUCGUGUGUGUGUGUGUGUGUGUGUGUGUGA